AUGGUUGCUAUGUACACAAUUGCUGGCCGCCAGGUCGGAUCGCACGUUCUCGCGAUUGCCACUCUCACCACCACCUUCGCCGGCGCAUUCCUCGCAACCCGCGGUGGCAGCAAGCCCGAGCAGCAGGGACCACCAAUCAACGCUAAGAGCAAGGAGGAGGAAAGCUUCGUGAAGAGCUUCGUGAACAAGGUCGAGGGCGAGAAGAAGUAAGCAUGGUUUUCAAUGGAACAUGGCGAGCGUGUGGGGGAAAUGGGUUAUUUGAAGCCCGUCCCUCGGGGAAAAUGAUGGGAAAUGGCAUAUAUCGGAUAGACGGAAGUGUACGCGAGACGAACUUUGGACGUGUAAAACUGUAGAUACAGCGCCAAUUGUACCACCAACCCAUCGUCUUCAUCAUCAGCAUCAUCAUAAGACUUGGAAUUUGGCAGACUUCAUUGCCGUUACACCGGAUCAGUGCUGCCUUCUCCGUGCUCCGCACCGUUGGAAUCGUGAUACAGACAAAUAUCUAAUUAUUUAGGUCGAAAUAUACU